CCUCCCUCCAGUAGCAAGGCAGUGCGCAUGCGCUGUCCGUCGCUGCUGAGCCUGUGACUGACUGACUGGAAAGUUUUUCUCACUGUUAUUUUUUGUCGCAGCUAUCAGUCGGCAAUGUCUCGCACUGUGGAAGACGGGUUUUUUAAGGAAACGUAACUGGUGAUAGGGCUAGCUAGUAGAGCGACGGACAUGGCCGUAGAAGCCGCUCGUUAUGUCGAGCUGGCGAGCCGUGGGUCUGGGGUCAGUUUUUACCGAAGCUGAAUGGAGUUGCUUCCAUCGGAGGCUGUGGGCUAAGCUAAGCUAACUGACUCUAGCAAAGCUACACCGGGGAAACUAUUUGACAUGUAGAGGACACCUUCCACACCUGGAUUGGCUUCAUCGAUCACCAUGUCUGACCAAAACCAUUACUGGACGGUGCUGCCGAGCUACAAAACUAGUUUUGUAACCGGGGCCAUGAUGAAGAGAUCCAGAGGUGCCCGUAACAACAAGAGAAGGAGUUUGGCGGUCGGGACCCCUUCGCCCACACUCUCACGACCGCUUUCACCUCUCCCACUUGCCACAGCUGGUAGCAGCCCUUCAGAAAGUCCUAGAAAUGUGUCUGCCAGCAGCUCUGCCAACUUCCAGUUCGCCCGCAGCCAUCUGGCCCGCAGUGAGAGAGGCGAUGGUCGUCGAUGGUCUGUGGCGUCAGUUCCGUCGUCUGGAUACUGCACCAAUGCACCCAGUUCAUCAGUAUCUUCGUCUUCUUCCCAGGAGCUCUUGCACCAGUUGCCCCUGCAGCCUACACAAGAUGAUCUCCACUUCCUGUUCAAACAUUUCCGGAGCACAGAAAGCGUGGCUGAUGAAGAAGGAACACACCCUUCACCCCCCGUCAGGCUUCGCUCUCGCAGUCUCAGCCCUGGACGUACGUGCGGAACAUUUGACAAUGAGAUUGUCAUGAUGAAUCAUGUCUAUAAAGAGCGUUUCCCCAAGGCGACCGCGCAGAUGGAGGGUCGACUUCUGGACAUUAUUGAAGAGUGUUCCCCAGAAACGGCUCUCCCUCUGGCUGACGGUGUCCUCGGGUUCAUCCAGCACCAGCUGGUGGAGCUGGCCCGAGAUUGUCUGGACAAGUCCCAGAAAGGCUUGGUCACCUCCAGGUACUUUGUGGAGCUGCAGGAGAAACUGGAGAAGCUUCUGCAUGAGGCUUACGAGCGCUCCGAGAGCGAAGAAGUCGCCAUCAUAACAAAACUGGUGAAGAAGAUCCUCAUCAUCAUCUCUAGGCCUGCCAGGCUCCUGGAAUGUCUGGAGUUUGAUCCAGAGGAGUUCUACCAGCGUUUGGAGGCCGCAGAAGGCCAAGCCAAAGUGGGCCAGGGGAUUAAGACUGAUAUUCCCAGAUACAUCGUCAGUCAGCUCGGCCUCACCAGAGAUCCUCUUGAAGAGAUGGUCCAGCUUGAGCAAACAAGCCCAAGCCACAGGUCUGCCAGCAGGGAGUCUGAUGAGUCUGGCGAGGCAACGCCAAUACAGAGCCGUGCAGUAUGCACCCCUCCUCGUAGGAAACCACUGGAGAGUGACUUCGAGACUAUCAAGCUCAUUAGCAAUGGCGCCUACGGAGCUGUAUUUCUUGUCCGUCACAAAGAAACCCGACAACGCUUUGCCAUGAAGAAGAUCAACCGGCAGAACCUGAUUUUAAGAAACCAGAUCCAGCAGGUGUUCGUAGAGCGAGACAUACUCACCUUUGCUGAAAACCCCUUUGUGGUUUCCAUGUUUUGCUCGUUUGAAACACGACGGCACCUCUGCAUGGUCAUGGAGUAUGUGGAAGGUGGGGAUUGUGCCAAUCUGUUGAAAAACAUUGGUCCUCUGCCUGUGGACAUGGCCCGCAUGUAUUUUGCAGAAACCGUCUUGGCUUUAGAGUACCUUCACAACUAUGGCAUUGUACAUCGAGACCUCAAACCUGACAAUUUGCUAAUCACCUCCAUGGGGCACAUAAAGCUGACUGACUUUGGCCUGUCAAAGAUUGGCCUCAUGAACAUGACGACUAAUCUGUAUGAAGGCCACAUUGAGAAGGACACAAGAGAGUUCAUUGACAAGCAGGUGUGUGGUACUCCAGAGUACAUCGCCCCAGAGGUGAUCCUGCGACAGGGCUAUGGGAAGCCUGUAGACUGGUGGGCUAUGGGCAUCAUUCUUUAUGAGUUCCUUGUGGGCUGUGUGCCUUUCUUUGGGGACACACCUGAACAGCUCUUUGGCCAAGUGGUCAACGAUGACAUCAUCUGGCCUGAUGGAGAGGACGCGCUGCCUGCUGAUGCCCAAGACCUGAUCACCAGACUACUUCGUCAGAGCCCACUGGAGCGCCUGGGAACAGGUGGAACUACGGAGGUGAAGGUGCACAUGUUCUUCCUGGGACUUGACUGGAAUGGGCUCCUGAGACAGAAAGCCGAGUUCAUACCACAACUGGAGACUGAGGAUGACACCAGUUAUUUUGACACACGAACGGAGCGUUACUCUCAUCUAGGCUCUGAUGAAGAUGAUGAAACUAACGACGAUGAAUCCUCUCUCGAACUGCGCCAGUUCUCCUCAGUGGCACAUCGCUUCAGCAAGGUGUACAGCAGUACCGAGCACCUGUCCACCUCCACUCCAUCCAAUCAGAGCUUUUCAUCUUCAGAGAGAAGCCACAGUGAAGAGAAGGACGAGCGAUGGGAGAGCAGAGGAGCCUUUUCCCCUGGUGACGGACACAAACAUCUGGCUAGUGGAGACAGAACAGAUGGACUCAGGGGGAGUUUGCGUCCUCGUGCUUCAUCCAGUUCCUCCCAGUCAGAGCGCAGUGCUAGCCCGCUGGUAUUGAACAGUACCCAGAGCCUCGACAUCAUGCCUCGCUUUGCCAUCUCUGCCGAGGAGGAAGAAGGUAUGGUCUCCAACUUGCGGCGCAUUCGUCUCCGCAGCAACAGCACCGGCACCCGACCAUCAUUCCGCAGAGGCGCGUCCAGACGGAUUGCCCACCAAUUGGAGACCCCAGACAAAAACAGACCUCCAGCUGGAAAAGUCCCCAAGUCUGCCUCAGUGUCCGGCCUAUCCCUCAUCAUUACCCCAGAUGACUCUGUGGGACCUCCUUCCAGCCCCAAGUCGUCUUUAUCAUUAUCGUCCAACCCCUCAUCUCGAGACUCGUCUCCUAGCCGGGAUCUUUCCAUCAACAUCAGCUGCCUCAGGCCUCCAGUGGUCAUCCACAGCUCUGGGAAGAGGUUUGGCUUCGCUUUGCGAGCAAUCAGAGUCUACAUGGGAGACAGCGACGUCUACACGGUUCACCACAUGGUCUGGUGCGUGGAGGAGGGCAGCCCGGCACACGAGGCAGGUUUGAGAGCUGGUGACCUCAUCACUCAUGUCAACGGAGAAUCUGUGCAGGGCCUCGUCCACACUGAGGUGGUAGAGCUUCUGCUUAAGAGUGGCAACCGCGUAACCCUGCAGACCACCGCUUUAGAGAACACUUCCAUCAAGGUGGGCCCUGCCAGAAAGACGAGCCAUAAGGCCAAGAUGGCUCGACGCAGCAAAAAGAGCAAGAGGAGAGAUGGACAGGACAGCCGGCGCCGUAGCAUCUUGAAGAAGCUGUCUAAACAUACGCCUCCGCAGCCCAUGCAGAGCAGUCGUAGCUUUUCGUCCGGAUUCCACCAGUCAUCCAGCGACAGUCUCUCUGGCUCCCCCACACAGUCUCUCUCUCCUGGCCCCUCAACACCGUGCCGCUCCCCUGCUCCUGACCACUCCGGAGAUUCAAGUUCCUCUCCCUGCUCCAGCUCCCCUAACUCACCAGUACCUCAGGCCCGUCCCAGCUCCCUUCACGUCCUAGGCCGCUACACCAAGGCCGGUCGCUGCAAGUCCACCAGCAGCAUCCCUCCAUCCCCGCUGGCCUGCAUCCCACCUCCACAGCCUCUGUCUCCUCAGUGCUCUCCCUCCUGCCUUCCCAGCCAUCCCAAGUCCCUGCAGGGUUUUCAUGGUAAAACACUGUCCCCUCCCACUGUCGCCCGCCAUUCUGUGCGGCCUCGCAGUGCGGAGCCGCCACGCUCACCGCUCCUCAAAAGGGUGCAGUCAGCAGAGAGGCUGACUGGGGAUAAAGCAACAGGCGGGUACCACAGUGAUAGGAAAGCCUACAGCACCCGUCGCCAUACCAUGGAGAUGCCGCUGUCUGAGGGUGAGGACGUGGAGGAAGACAGUACUUCUGGGUUUGUAUGUGUUGGUGAACACGGCCGCCAGGGACUGUACGUAGGGGGGCAAAGAGGCCACCAGGACCUUACCGGAGGAGGCAACGAGCACCAUCGCUCGUCCUCACCACAACACCGUGGCGGUAACCAUCACUCCAAAGAGGUGGUCGUGAUGAGGAAGCUGGCUCUGUCAGAGCGCCGGGACUCCUUCAAGAAACAAGAGGCCGUGCAGGAAGUUAGUUUUGACGAUCUGGACGAGAGAGAGGUGACAUCCAGCCCCACCCAGCUACCUGUGACUCAACCCAAGGUGUUCAAGGCGUCCUGGGUCAGCUCGGCCCGGUCGGACUCCAAUCUGAAGCCUGCAGGAAAAGCGUCACAAGAUACGGCGGCACAGCAGAAAGCCAAGUCACAGGAUUAAAGAGAAGUUUUAGGUAAUCACCUGGCGAAGAAAAUAGAAUAACACCGGACUACCACGCCACCUGACAACUGUGAUCAAAAUCCCAUCAUCGCAAGCUUUGAAGAUCAACGUUUCUCAGUAAUAUAAUGCAU